CUGUCUCAACCACUUUUUCACACUACAGGAUUUCCGUAAUUGUUUGGGAAUCUUUUGUGGGCUAGCUCUAUAAAUUGGCUAUCCCUUCUUCUUCUCUGCAAGUACAAACCAACAACUUGCUUCUCUAAAUCUUGCUCUUUUACUUUCUUGGUGAAGAAGAUGAAUGAUAUUGUUAUGAAGGAGAAGCGAUAUGCUCUUUUUUUGGCAGCAAGAGACUCUGAUUAUGUGAAGAAAGUGUAUGGUGGAUACUUCAAUGUGUUCGUUGCAGCUUUUGGAGAAGGAGAGAGAUGGGAUUUGUUCAGAGUUGUUGAAGGAGAGUUCCCUGACAUGAAUGAGCUUCACAAAUACGACGGAUUUGUCGUCAGUGGUAGCCCUUCUGAUGCCUAUGGAAAUGACUACUGGAUUGUCAAACUUUGCUUCUUCCUCCAAACCUUAGAUUCCAUGGAGAAAAAAGUUCUCGGCAUUUGCUUUGGUCACCAGGUUUUGUGUAGGGCAUUGGGUGGAAAAGUUGGGAAGGCUUAUACAGGAUGGGAUAUUGGACUGAGGAGAGUGAGAAUGGUGAGGGAUUUAAGAACAUGCAGCUUCUUGGAAGAAUUGGGAGAAGAAAUCCCACAAUUUCUUUCUAUAAUAGAAUGUCAUCAAGAUGAGGUUUGGGAGCUGCCUUCAGGAGCAGAAGUGAUAGCAUUUUCUGAUAAAACAGGAGUUGAAAUGUUCACCAUUGGAGAUCAUAUUCUUGGCAUCCAAGGCCAUCCUGAAUACACCAAAGACAUUCUUUAUAAUCUCAUUGAUCGCCUGCAAAAUGACAACUGCAUUCAGAGUGAUUUUGCCGAUAACGCCAGGCUUGGAUUGGAGAUAGCUGAACCUGAUAGACACUGUUGGGAAAAAAUUUGCAAGAAUUUUCUCAAGGGAAGAAUAUAGAGAGAAUAAAAAUAAAAUUUGCCUUUAAUGUUAAUUAAUUAUGCUCAAGCUCUCUAAUUGUAAGUUCAUGGAUCUAAAUAUAUAAUGAACCAA